GGAGGAGGAGCCUGAGUUUGCUCUAGGCCGUUCCCCCCACCCCUUAGGCCAUGCUUGGUGUUUUGCAUUGCUAAGCUUGCGGCAAGAGAAGAACAGCCUCUUGCAAACUGGGAACUUAUUGCCUACCUUUUGGUAUUGGAUGAGACAACCUCUAAUGUAAGCCCCUUGCGCUGACUGAAAGUUCAAGGGUGCUGCCCAAAACGUUGGCGUCUCCCCUCAAAGAGGUUCAACACGAAGGAGGGAACAGCACUAGGUCUAGAAAUGGAGGAGCAGGUCAUAGCCGGCUCCAAAUUGUGGGAUGGGAUGCAUGGACAGGGGAAAAAAGGCCCGCAGAUGGUGCAUUUUGGAAGCAUUGGGACCUUUCUGAGCAAAGGGCCCUCACCGCAGGUUAAACGAGAGCCAGAAGAGGGGCUGCAGCAGCACUGGGAAGACCAGUGGCAGGAAUUCCUCAAGAGUGUGCAGGUCCCUGACUCAGGACCGCUGCCUCAGCCUGCCUCAGGGAGUGACUCAAAGGAUUUCCAGGCCUCCUUCAAAGGAACUGCUGAUGCCCCCCAGAGUUCAAGAGGAGGAUGGGUGACCCAAACCCAGCUAGGCCUUGGCAGAGAAGGCCACAAGGUCUACCGGAGCUUAGACUCCUUUGCGAAAGUGAAGGAUGAGAUUCUGAACGAAGAUAUCGUCUGCCUGGAGAUGCGGCGCCAGCAGUUCCGGCAGUUCUGCUACCAGGAAGCCAAAGGGCCCCGGGAGGUUUGUGACAAACUCCGGGAGCUUUGCCAUCAAUGGCUGAAGCCGGAGAGGCGCACCAAAGAGCAGAUCCUGGAGCAGCUGAUCCUGGAGCAGUUUCUGAUCAUCUUGCCCCUGGAAAUGCAGAGCUGGGUCCGGGAGAGCAGUCCGGAGAACUGUGCCCAGGCUGUGGCCCUUGCAGAGGACUUCCUGAUGGGCCGGCGAGACAGCAAGAGAUGGGGGUCACAGGGGCCUGUGCCUUUCACAGAGGUGGCUGUGAAUUCAUCCAAAGGAGGCCAAGUUCUGUCAGAUGCUCGGAACCAGCAGCUUUGCAGAGUAGGCAAGCAGGAGUUGGGCAAAGAAGGACGUGCUCUGGACACUGGGUCAUCGGGAGAUUCUUUUCAGCCGAAAGAUUCUGAUCAAGUGGAACCGCAUGAUGCAUCCAUGCGAAUAGGCUUAGUUUUCCAACAUUGUGAGGAAAGAACAAUGCUCUUGGGGCAGCAAGGGGCAGCAACUAAGCAGGUGAAGGACACAGAAAAUAAGGCUUCCGAAGCUCUUCCCUCUUGGGAAGGUGACUUUCAUGACAAAGAAACCAAAAAUCACAGUGGCAAAGAACUAAAAACAAGCGCUAACAGUGAAGGAAGCUUCCGGCCAAGCACAGGCCUUCUUAAACAUGAAACAGUUCCCACGGAUGAGAAGCACUUCAGGUCCUCGGACUGCAAGGAAAUCUUCCCUCAUAGUUCCAGCCUCACUGCACAUGAGAGGACCCAUGCAGGGGACAGGCGGUUCAAGUGUUCCGAGUGCGGGAAGAGCUUCAAUCAGAAACGAUACCUCACAGGGCAUAAGCGAAUCCACAAGGGAGAGACCCCGUACAAAUGCUCGGACUGUGGGAGGAGCUUCAAUCGUAAGUGGAACCUCAUUGCCCACAAGAGGAUCCAUUCGGGGGAGAGCCCGUACAAGUGCACAGACUGUGGGAAGACAUUCAGUCAAAAGGGGAACCUCAUGACCCACGUGAGGAUCCACACAGGCGAGAAGCCUUACAAGUGCGCAGAGUGCGGUAAAAGAUUCAGUCAGCGGGCAGGCCUUACGUCACACAGGAAAAGCCAUAUAAAAAUCAACACUGUUGGAAAAGCUACCGUGGGCUAUCUGAUUUUCUUAAACCUAAGUGAAUCUGCACAAGAGGGGAGCCCUGUACAAGCUUCACAAGUGGAGACAAGUUUGCCUUCCUGAGCACAAUGUAUUUUACAUAUGAACAGAACAAUAAAUUGCAUAGGAGAUAACCCUUUAAAAAUUCUGAAUGUAAUAGAAACAGGGUAUGGUCACGUGUUA